CAGUGAAAUAAUAUUCCAAGAUUUUUGAGGUUACGCGCCCAAUUGAGCGAGAAGUUUCACAGUAAAUCACACAGAACUCAUCACUGAGCGGCGAUGAUAUUUGUUUUUUGUGAGCUUAUGAAACAGCGAGGAUAGUUCACGUCAGAGCUGGUCACGAUGUUACCAAAGUACUGCAUUAUAUUGGCUAUCUUUUUCAAGUACGGAAUUUGCGGCCAUGGGAGAAAUAUUUCUCGGGAACUGAAUGGCACUAUCACUGGUAACCAGACCCUCACGCAUGCAGAAGGUCCAUACUUGGUAACCAGUGACUUGGUUGUCGCAGAGAAUGCCACUCUUGCCAUAGAACCUGGUACUCAGGUAAAUUUUCUUCCAUCUGUGGGGAUUCGCGUUCAUGGAUCAUUAAAUGCAAAAGGGACACCUUCACACAGGAUCACUUUCCGAGCGGUUCCUUGCAAAGACGCACCUUCUUGCAAGAACUCAGCCAUACCUUACAAUCAAGGAAUACGGCUUGUUGGUGGAACCUCCCACAACAACGGCCGUCUGGAGCUACAAUGGCGGGGACAAUGGGGCACUGUCUGUGGCCAGUAUUUUUGGGACAUGAGAGAUACACGAGUGGCUUGCAGACAGCUUGGCUUCCUCGGAGCAAAGCGUUAUUACUUCCACCCUGGCAGUGGCCGUGUAUACAUGAAGUUCGUUGAAUGUACUGGAUACGAAGAGAGCCUUUGGGAUUGUCGCUAUUCCUGGGCUUAUUAUUAUCCUUGUGAUCAUAAGUACGACAUCGGAAUCGAGUGUGACACUCACUUGCCUAUCUUGGCUCAGAAGAUCUUCUGGAGAGGUAUUUACUUCGCACCAGGAAACUCCUCCGAGAGGCACGGAAACUCGUCAUUGGAGAACGUGGACAUAGAAAAUGCUUUCGACGGAAUAAAAGCAAAGAAAGAGGCCCCUGACUUGCUUGGCAUUUCUAUAAGGGAUGGCGCCUAUGGAGUGCAGGUGCAAGAACUUGCUAAACCUAUGGCAAUUGUCGACUCCACAAUCCUGAGUCCAAGAAUGAUGGGUGUAAACAUCGAGAACUCAUUUGGCAAUGUUAUUAUGCACAAUGCCACCAUAGAAAAUACAAGGUUUGGAGAAGGACUCGUUUACACGCGUACAGCGGUAGAUCUAUGUUCCGUCUUUCCGCAGAAGAUUUCCUUCCCAUUGCUUGUGAAUGUAGUUGCAAUAGCCUCGAUGACUAGAUGCAGCCAGAUUCUCAAAGCGUCACCUGGAAGAAGACUCACCGUGCAUUUUACGCAGAUCAAAGGAUAUGGAUUUGAGCUCGAUAUUGUCGAUGGAAACGCAAAAAACAAAACUCUAAUCAGCAGAAUUACACGUACCCACAGAGGAAAGACAAUAACAAUUAGUUCUAGUUCUGUGACGGAAUUUAUUUUUUUUUCCGAAUAUGGCCUUUGGUUGGGAGGUGACUUGAAGAUGAUCGUCGUCGAGGAUCCAGUUCAGGAGCCAUCAAUUUUGAUCUCAAAUUGUAAAAUUUCCAACAAUUCUCAGUCUGGGAUUGAACUUAACGAUGCUAUUGGCCCUUCUAAAAUUUCUCAUACGGCGGUUAAAGGAAACGGUGUCGGUCUACAAGUGAAAAACUCACGAGGUAGACUCCAUGUUGUGUCAUCGGUGUUUGAAGCUAACGAAAACGACGGUGUGGAAAUGAAUACUAUGAAAGGACCUGCAGAAUUUGAAUCUGUCAAUUCAUCAAAAAACCAAGCAUCAGGAAUUGCAAUUAAUAUAGGAACAUUUUCAUUCCAAAUGACCGAGAGCCGCACAGAAGAUAAUUCAAACCAUGGGUUGUUCAUUACAAACCAACUUAACUCCACCAUCAAUAUUUCCAACACACAUUUCAGUCGAAACAAAGGGGGUCACGGAAUUUAUAUGAGGGACUUCAGUGAAGAUUGCCAGAUACAACUUUCAAAUAUAUGGUCGCUUGAGAAUGGAUGGCAUGGGGCUUGGUUUCAGAGCGUAACUGCCACUAGUUUUGAGGUGACUUCUUCUUUGCUUGACCGAAAUUCACGUAGCGGAAUGUAUCUUGAAAAAUUAACCACCGAAAGGCUAAAUUUGAAGAACGUUUCUACAUCUAAGAACUACAACUAUGGUUUGAUUAUCGAGCGAGGGGUUACAAGUGCCAUCAUAGACUCUUGGUAUUCUAUUGGUAACCAAUAUGAUGGCCUAAACUUAAAAAGACAAGAGGGGAAAGUGUCUGUGAAACACUGCGUUGUUCAUUCAAACAAGAAAAACGGUCUUUUGUUCACUGAUGGCGCCAAUGCUCGAUUGCAAUCAGUUCAGCUCAAAAACUGUCACGUUUCGGAGAACAGUGAAUACGGUUUCUGGUUUGAUAUUAACCCAGCAUUUUCUAAUUACCAAGAUAACUAUACUAUAACUGUGUCAAACUCCACAAUUUCCAAUAAUACUCUGGGUGGUUGCAGGUUAAGUCCAAUGUCUUGCUACUGGAAAGUAUUUUCGCUUCACAGACGCGUUGAACUUUUAUUUGACGGCAAUGUAGUGAGAGAAAAUCAGAAAUUCGGUUUACUCGUAGAUGGUCCAGAAUGGUACGAGGCAAAAGCAGUGUUGGCAAAUAAUACAUUUGAAGAAAACAUUGGGUUUGCCAUAAAGAUUGCGUACAAGAAUUUUUCCUAUUCGGUUUGCAAGGUCUUUAACAGCUUUCCGGUGCGAGUACAAAUUCUGGCGAACAUUUUUAGAAAGAACAAAGGAGAGUAUACUUGUCUUAUAGAUUACAAUACUCUACCGACAAAACGGCAAGUUAUCAUCAACAACAACUGGUUUUUGGAGAAUCAAGGAAUCAAAUUGUUUUCCAGCAGUGGCAUUCGUACUGAAACUCAAGCUGUUAUAGCUGUAACAGAAGGAAAUAUAACUGUCGAGCAUAAUUCAUUUGACAAUCCUUUGUUUCCCCAUGAUUUUGCCAUCUUUUUCAAAGAUCAGGAUCGUGUAAUUCUAGCCAGAGAAAACUGGUGGGGCACAAGAGAUGAAUGCAAGGUGAAAGAAAGAAUUUUUGACUUCGAGGAUCGAGUGGAGCUUCCAAGGAUUCAAUACUAUCCCUUCCUGCUAUCUCGCAACUCUACCAGUGCUUACGUGCAUAGUGGCUUCAGACCAUCUUGUUUCGUUCGUGGCAAUAAGAUUGCUGGAGUAUUAGAUGAAACAGUCAGUAUAAAAAACGAUUUUUCCCCCUAUCAAGUUAUCGGAGAUGUCAUUGUACAGCCGAGAGGCGUGCUCACCAUUGAACAAGGAGUAACCAUUGAGUUUCCAUUGAAAGGACUUUUCCUCGUUCACGGCCAGAUUAUUAUAAGGGGUAGCAGCAAAGAAAGGGUUAAAUUUAUCCCAAAGACUCCUUCAGCUGAGAAAUUGAGACUUGUCGAAGGGCCUAGUCCAUGGGAAGGAAAAGUUGAAAUAUGGUUUAAUAACACAUGGCUACCAGUUUGUAUGCGUAGCUAUCAAUAUGAGUACAAAAUAGCGUGCAGGCAAUUGGGAUACGAAUGGAUGAAAUCUUACCAUAAUAACACAAAUGGAAAAGAUAACAUGUUUCUUCAUAAUUUCCGAUGUGAUGCAGAUCAAAGUGACAACAUCACAGAUUGCAACAGGAAAAACUGGACUUCGUCAUCAUCAUGCACGGCAAAUGUUCUGUAUGUCAGCUGCAAAACUCCUUACUGGGCUGGAAUACAUCUCGCAGUAACGUCCAAGAAAAGCUUCCUCAGCAAUGUUGACAUACAAUAUGCGGGGUUUGCCUACAGAGAGGACCUUAGAAUCCCUGGUAUUGCUUUUAGAAUCGAUCUUAGUCGUCACAACAUCAGUGGGGUGUCUGUAAGAAAUUCUGCCGGCAUUGGUUUUCAAAUGAUGUAUACAGAUCCAUUUAAAACUUCACAUGAUAUAAUGAAUUCGACAGUAACGAAGACUGAACUGGAUGGAAUUCGUUUGGAAACUUCAUUUGUGAACCUCUUGAGAGUUAAUGUCAUAAACACAAAGGGAUACGGAUUCUUAUAUCAUUUCAACUGGAAUUCCCUCAAUAAACACGUUCUCACGAUAGCUGACGAGACUGUAAAGAAAAGUAUUCAAACUUGCUCUGAAAAUGAGACUUUUAUUGAUGACUCCAGCCUAGUUUAUUACCUAGUUGUGACGGCAAGGAGCAGUGUAGCUUGCCAGAGGAUCAUUACAGUUUCACAGAAUUACACAAUUGGUUUGCAGUUAAUCCAUCAUGACGUAAACUCAAGUGCACCUUUCCACAUCUAUAGCACACGAAAUAAGACAUCGAGCAAACUCUGGGAUAUAGAGUCCAUAAAGUGGUCAAACCGUCCCAUUUGGGUGACACACAACAGCUCAAUCCUUCUGGAAAAUUCUUACCAUCAAAACGAUUACGUCAGCUCGAUUCAUCUUCUUCUGUUUCUCAUCAAAGUUACGCAUGGUGAACAAACGACAUUGAAAUCAGCAAACCUGAUCAUCACUGAGAGUAUUUUCAGCCACAGCGCUCCUGGUGGCAUCUAUUUUGGAGGCGAAGACUCAGGAAACAUUCACGUCGAAAAUUCAGCGGUUCGAUAUUCACCAGGAAUCGGCCUAGAAACUGCAUUCUCGCGUUUUAACAGUCUAACCGUAUUUAAUUGUGAAUUCACGACACAUCAGAUUGGAAUCAAAAUCGGGGGUAUUCAAGAAUGGUGGGUUAUUCCAAAACCAGGGUUUCCAGGCAACGUCAAUAUUGAAAACAGUAAGGUUUCAAACUCAACGCAGAAUGCUAUACAUGUGGAUUCGGGUAUUCUGAAUUCGUUUCAUAUCAAAAACAGUAGUAUCACCCACAACGACGGUUGUGGACUUAACCUGGGUGGCUACUACACAAAAAUGAAACUUUUUGUGACUGAAACUCGUUUUGCAUGGAACCUGGGUAGGUCUGUGUGCUCACAAAAUCGUGAAUGUUACUAUCCUUGUAUUUCACGAACUGUAUUCAAGAAAUGCUCGUUCCUUAACAACCUUGGUCCUGUAGUAAAUAUUGACGGAUCUCCAUGGGAAUUCGAAAGUAACGUUUUCGUUAAUAACACCAAAGCUCCUGUCAUUGUGACCUCACAAAUACGAUAUUAUGUCCACACACGUGAAGUCACUGUGAGAAAAAAUCACUUCUUAUUUAAUAUUUGUGAGGAGAAGGGCGUGAUAUAUAUUACAGGAUACUCAAAGAAAAUGUGGAUUGAAGGAAACGUCUUUAGAGAAAACUAUGGACGGUCCGUUUUCAUAGGGGAAAUGUUUACCUCGAAUGCUACUAUAAGAAGGAACGUCUUUAAAUAUAAUCGGUGCUUCAACUCUGGAGUUAUUGAGGUGAGAAGAAUGGAGACAGACAUCGAGAUUUUUGGCAAUGUUUUUCAGUUUAAUCAGGGACUGUUUAUAGUUCGUCUUUAUUUUGAAUAUGCCAUUCAAAGACGAUUGUUGCCCGUACAAAACAAGGUAAAUUUCUCUAGAAACUCACUUUCUAACAACUCGGAGCUGUCAUCUCGAUCGCCACCCUGUGAGGUAAGCAUAUCAGGACUUACGGAUCAUAAAGCUAUUUCCAUAAACUACAAUAUCUUCAACAGCAACCUCUUCUCAAAAGAACUUUGUGUGAAUACACAUGCAUCUUCACACAAAAGUAUGCUGGCAGUGCCGCUAAACUUUUGGGGUCAUGAAGAUGAGGUCAAAAUCAAGCAGAGAAUAUUGGACGCUGAAGACAAUUACGAACACACCUUAGCCGGUUUUCUUCCAUUCCUUAACAGUGCAGGGAACGUGGUGCAAAAUUCGAGCACCAGCGGCACACUGGAUGUACCUGCCGUAAAGUACUUGGGAGGACGUAUUUCAUAUAGCGUUCAACUGAGGAAAAACCGGAGCCCUUUCAUAGUGGUGUCAGAUAUCACUGUUUUGCCAAAUAGUUCACUUACAGUUGACCCAGGCGUUGAAUUACAGUUUAAGCCGGGUGUCGGUAUGUUGGUUCUGGGUUCGCUCUUUGUUCGCGGAGCAAAGGAUAAACCAGUAAUAUUUUCUGGAUGGAAAGAGAACCAAACUGAAAAGUCAUUACCGGUACGUUUAGUUGGCGGUAAGUUUCCCUGGCAAGGUCGGGCAGAGAUACUUUACCAAGGAAAUUGGACCUCAGUUUGCUUGAACAAGACAGCAUCAUUUGGAGCGAACAACGCAAAAGUGAUCUGUGAACACCUAGGCUAUCAAACAUCAUCGUCUAUGAGCUUUUCCCAUGAAAACUGUACCAGCGUUUGGACAUCAUGUGCAGUUUUAAAUUGUAAUGGUAGUGAAGCAGAUGUCAAAGAAUGUUCUUUAUCUUUUCAUAAUCUCACUUGCAACUCUUCCAAUCAUGUUCUUUUGAACUGCAGUGAGGGAAAGCCCUGGGGAAACAUAAGAUUUGUCCGCGAAGUUAACAGCCCGUUGCAUCAUCCUACAUCAUAUUUACAACACCUUAAGAUUGAGCAUUGCGGUGAAAUACAUGGUCAGCGCGUUGCUGCCAUUGAAAUGAUUCAGUACGUUCCAGAUCUAAGUUUUUUGACUGUUCUCAAUUGCACAGCAGGUUGUAUCAAAGUAUGGUUUCCAGAAAAGGAGGUUCUCAUAACGAACAGUUCUUUCGUGAAUUGCGGGGGCAGUGGAACUGAAAUAAUCAAUACUGAACAAAACGUUACUAUUGAGAGCGUUAAAUCGGUAAAGAAUACUUAUGGAUUGCGUUUCACAAUACCAAACGGGGAUUGGAUGCAUGGUCUAUCGUACGGACAAGUUCAUGUGUGUGGUUCGGAAAAACUAGUCAACAUAAAGGAUCGCGAAGUAUUCCUAUACUUUAGAAAACAAAUUGGGACUUAUUCAAAUCCAAGUGUAUCUUGCUUCGUUUCUGUUUAUUCACAAGGAUAUUAUGGAUAUCAUGUUCAGAUGCUAGUGAUGAAAAAUGUGCGAUAUGUGUCGAUAUCUAACACUAGACGUGAAGUGUUAAAGUUUUCCCCUAAAGAUUUAGGUCCAUUGUCAAGACGGGUGAUUCCGUGGAAUCAUAUUCGAGUUGACUUUGAAGGCUGGUUCCAAAGUGAGAUGAUUUUACGAGUGGACCCAUUUGAAAGAAAGGAUAUUCCUUGCACAUUUGAAAGAGGUCUAUGUGGAUGGAGAAAUUAUCCCAGGCCACUCUAUAGAGGCGUUGCCCUUACUCAAAAAUGGAGGUUGGCUGGCAUCCCGUGGUACUACAAAUCAGUUGCUGACCACACCUUUUUAUGGAAGAGUGGAACUUGCAUGAUGCUUGGAGCCUCUUACUGGAGAGAGGGUUAUGGAGCCUCCAUUAGUCCACCAAUUUCCAACGACAGCAACUACUGUUACCUAGUGUUCUAUUACAAACUCUGGAAAAAAGGAAGAGCGAACCUAACCAUCUCAAUUGAAGAAUCGAAUGAAAAUAAGUGGACAAUAUUGUGGUCUUCCAACGACACCGUGGACUACUGGAAAAAAGAAGUUAUUACGCUUCCCCAGACGUCAUUUAACUACUCUAUCGUCUUCUUUGGGUUUUUCCAGUCCCAUGGCCAUGUUGCCAUAGAUGACAUGGACUUAAUUCAAUGCGGUCUUUCACCUGAAGUCAUGCAUCGAGUGUCUGAGAGUGUUUUCAAUAGCAAUGAUGAACAAGGAAUAAGUUACGUGUCAAACCGGAGUAAAAGCCAUAUUCUCAAAAUAGAGCGUUGUCAGAUUACAAACAAUGGUCUGAGUCCAGUCUUCAACGGAAAGCCAUCUGGAGCCAUUCAUCUUAGUGCUAUAAAUCAGGUGUUUAAAAUAGUCAAUAACUACUUGGCCGAGAACAAAAAUGGAGCUAUUUUUUCCAGUGUCCUCCAUGAAGAUCCACCUACCGAGCCAAAACUAAUUAGCCAAAUUCAUGCAAACACAUUAGAAUCAAAUAAUGGAGGGACAUUAAUUCUGGAAGGAAAUUCCGAGCCCUUUUUGAACGUUAACGUUACCGAUAACUAUUUUUCUCUCAACUUGGCUCAAGAUUGGAAUGGCAAAGCAAACAGUGUUUGCAACAUAACAAGGUUAUUGGCGAUUGUUCGCGGAAAUUUCUUCUACAAGAACAUCGGUCACUAUGUUUUCUUGUAUGAUUUCCCUAAAAAAGAUGUGACAGGUCUUCAAUUUGUGAAUAACACGUUGUAUAAGAAUAGUGCAUCGGGGCUCAAUGUCAAGUAUGGGGCAACAAUACUUUGCAAUGGUGGAGCAGAAAUCCAUGGAAACGUUUUACAGAAUCCUGGAAACCGCUAUCAGAUAAGCACAACAAUGCGAGGGAGUCCAUUAAUUGCUAACGCCACACUCAAUUGGUGGGGAGAGAGCAAGCCAGAUUUCAUCGCCUUCCUCAUUUUGGAUAAUAAGAAAGACUACCGUCUCUCAUUAACAGUGGUGUUUCAGCCAUUUAUUGAGUUGUUGCCUCGUAGAGUUAUUUCUGAGUCAUGCCCACCUGAGUGGAUUAAAGACGAUGAGAUGUGUUUCCUGUAUAAGGGAGGCUCUUUCACUUUUCAUGAAGCCGAGAAGUAUUGUUGGAACUAUGGAGGAAAUCUCAUAACUAUGUUAUCGGCCGAAGAUAAACGACUCGUCCAAAGUUUGAGGCAAAAGGAAUCCUUGGUUCGUCCUGAUGUUUUGCCUUCUUUGUGGAUUAUAAGCAGGCGUUUCGUGAGAGAGCCUGGAGGCAGUUCUGGUCAGGACAACGGAAUGUGUUCUGUUGUUGAUAGCUAUGGGAAUGUUACAGAGUCUCAUUGUAACCAGCUUAAUCCAUUCGUUUGCGUGAGGAGACCAGUGGUUCACUGUCCAAACAGUUGUUUUCAUAAUGGCGACUGCAUAGGUGCCACUUGUUUCUGUUACCCCGGAUGGACCGGAGAAGACUGUUCCAAGUUUCAUUGCCAUGACCUACAUAACUGUUCUGGUAACGGUGAAUGCAUGGGUCCUAAUGUCUGCAGAUGUUACCCAGGUUAUUUGGGUCUUGGAUGCACUUACUCCUUCUGUGGAAAGUACGAAAGCUGUGCUGAUUGCGUGACAGACCCAUCAUGUGGAUGGUGUGACAGUUCGCGGUCCUGCCUUGGAGGAGUUGCUGAAGGACCUCCGAAGAUAGAAUGUCCCGAUUGGUUCUAUUACCACUGUUACACGGUGGAAGACGGGGAAUGUUCACGGGAUAUAAUGACAGUACAAUGUAAAGGAAAGCAGUGCAACUACGAAGACAGUGGAACAAGUAUUGAGUCAUGUCAGAAGUGCCGAGACCUGGAAAAAUGCCACAAAUUCACAGAAGGAGGCCAAUGUAGGGCUUGGAAUGAGACCCGCUGUCCCGGUGGGAAAGUGAAAGUAGAUUAUACAGAUCCGGAAAGAAGAAACAACGUGGAACUGGCUGAUAAUUUGAAAUUCGUGGAGCCCAAUGAUACUAUCAUUUAUGCAUGUCCAGUGAUUAUGGCGAAACAAGAUGAAUUGUCGCUAAUUUUAGUUGCACCAAAUGUUCUGGACAUCCAAGCAGGCGACAUAGUUUCCAGUCCACAAGCAGGAGGCAUUCUGCACAAGAUUGUGAAAGAAGUCAAUGAUGGCCCUUUCAAAUUGAUGUUGAGUGCUCCAGCUGGAUUGGAAGAAGUCAUCAAGUAUGCGGACUUCAAGAGUGAGAUGUCUUUAGAACAGUUAGACGAUGAGUCAACUUUAGAGGAUGAGCCAGAUAGAGAGGACCUGGAUGAUCUUAUAUCAGGCAACAUCACUUCCAACCAGAGCCAGAUAGUUAUCCUUUCAACUGGAAUUUACAGGUGCCUUGGACACACCUAUGACAUUGGAGGCACCUUCAUCUACUCUUAUUACCUGGUGAUAGAGAAAAGCAAUACCAUUCCAACGACAGGUGAUAUAGUUGUGUCCAACGCUAGUGACGGUUUCAUCGAGAGUAUUAUUGCAGUUCAUAAAACAGACGAUACGGAUUACUUGGAAACCAAACUUCACAGAUGCGACGGGAAAACUCACUUGGAUGGCGCGAGACUGCGAGCAAGUAAACAAAGAUUUUCUGGGUCAGUACGUUGUAGCGGAGGAGAUAAUAAUCCAGGACUUGUGUUUACAGAAUCGCAAAAACGAGGCGGGCUUUUCUCCUCUGGUGAUUUGAUAAUUGGGAGAUCAAGUACAGGCUUCAUCGCAAAGGUUAUAAACACGCAUUCAAGCGGAAAUCUUCUUCUUUUGGAAGUAGUCACAGCAAAACUGGAUGAAAAUGGAACCGUUGUAACGGAAGUGGAUACAAAUUUUCUAAAAAACCACCACAGACGAACUAAGCGCUCAGCAAAAAACGUUAACCUGGCAAAUUUUCAACCGGAAAAGAUAGAUCAUACGCUUCUGUCCUUUGGAGGGGCGACACUUAAAAUUUCCUUGUCUAUGAAUCUACGUGUGAGCAUGUUUGUCUCAAUCGAGAAGAAAUUUUUUGGACUGGGAUUGAAGGAUGCAUCUGUUGGUCUAGAUUUGGAGGGAAAUCUGAAAUUUUCUUUGCAGUUUAGUCUAAAUGGGGAGCUGAGAUAUUCUGGAGAUCUUCUCGCGUUAAAGGAAAAACAGCUGGGUCGUUCCAUGUACCUACGGUUUGGACUGAUAAAAAUCCCUGUUGGAAUUUUCUUGGCAUUGACGGGGCAGGCGUCUGCCGGAAUUUCCGGAACAAUUACCCGUUCACUAUCCACCAACGGGGUCAUAUCACUUGGUGGCGAAUGCAGUUGGAGCGAAGGAAGUUGUUCUAGAACUGAUGAUACAAUCAGUCUAACAUUAGACUGGAAUAGCCCAACACCAGAGUUGGAGAUUGGAGCGAAUGUGGACAUCACUGUGACACCCACGGUCUCCGUAAAAGUGCCAGCAUUACCCAAAAGGCUCUCCAAGCCCUCUAAGUCAAAACUUCUUAAUGUGCUGGCAAAGCUCGUGAAAGCUGUAGCUGAUUUAAUUCCGGACAUUUCUUUGUCGCUAUUCGUGAGAACGCCUCUAAAAGCAGGAAUUUCUCUGAAUUACCCCUCAAGCAUAUGCCAAGGUCAAACACCAGCGGAGCUAAAUAGCAACUACGGUAUUUCCGACCUGAUAUUUGGCGUUUCUGUUAACUUUAUUGGAAAGAAAUUGGCGCUGUCAUUUAAUACGGGCUUUAGUCUAAUGUCUACGUCUGGAUGCAGGGAAUGUAUCUGCCCGAUCCCAGCCGAUCAGUAUUGUGUGGGACCAACUUCAAGCCCACCGAAGCAGGGAGUUUGUAACGCACCAGAACCUCCUCCCCCUAAAAAGAAACAAAAGAAAAAGGAACGAAACAGCAAAACACCAGGACCUCCAUGUGGAAAUGGGCCAGUCUGCGUUGGAAGGCGAAUGGGACCAGAAUGCAACCAGCCUGAUAUGUCGCCGUUUCGGGACUGUUCAGGUAACGGAGAACCUAUUUUGACCGGAGGUUGUGGAGCACGAUGUAGCUGUUUCGGGGGAUGGCAGGGGGAAUAUUGUCAAAGAAUAGUUGCAAAUGGCGGAGGUGAUCCACACCUGAAAACAUUAGAUGGUGUAGACUUCGACUUUUUUGGCAUUGGAGAGUUCUGGGGUUGUAAAAGUGUUAAAAACGAUUUUGGUUUUCAAUUUCGUUUUUAUUACUACGAGCGAGCCUCGUUAAUUGGCGGAAUUGCGCUUAAAGCUGGGAGAACCGUUGUAACGAUUAUGGCGAUCAAAACUGAAAACGCUCAAGACCUGCCCAUUACCAGAAUCGAUGGAGUGGAAAUGAAUGCCACCAGUAAUUUUUCAGAACCAAUUGAAAUAAGCAAUGGUACAGUGUUAUUGGAUCAUCAAAGACGUUUUUCGUUUGAGGCUGAGGAGAACAGCGUCGUUUUGAUUUCACUUCAGUAUGAUGCAGGUGUAACAGUAACCAUCGACGUCCGUCAUAGUCGGGUGAUGAAGAGACAGUAUUUGAAUAUUCUUUAUUCGCCAACGGCUGCUUACAAAGGUCACACUGAAGGACUGUGUGGCCUCAUGGACAACAAUGCAACCAACGACUUUACAGGGCCCGACGGAACGCUUUACGAUAACGCUGUUAAAUUUGCCGAAUCAUGGAGGAUCACAGGUUGUCACGAUGGCUCGGGCACACGGGACUCUUGGUCAUGGAACUCAUCAAACUUUUAUCACGAUGACAUAAUGGAUAUAACGUAUACAGAUCCGUCAUACAUUCCUAAGUAUUCACUGGACGGAAUUUCCCAGCCGCUAAUACAGAUUGCGACAAGCAUGUGUAAAUCAUUGAAUAUUUCUGACAACGAUCUACAAAGCUGCAUAUUCGAUGUCGCCAUGACCAAUGACACGACAUUUACUGAUCAGGAAACCUUUAAACGAGACUGUCCAGACCAAUGCUCAGGCAAAGGGAGAUGUGUUAAUGGAACAUGUAAAUGUAUCGAGGGUUGGACAGGGAAGAGUUGUGAUAAAGGCUCCUGUCUUAACUGUUCAACAAUCCAUGGCAAGUGCGUUAAAGGAUUUUGCGUCUGUGACCUGGGCUGGGAAGGACGAAGCUGUGAACUUGAAGCCACUUGCUUAGAGGUUAAUAACUGUACAAGCCCUAAACACGGCAGUUGUAAAACAACGGACAUUUGCCAGUGUAAUCCUGGCUACAUAGGUGCUAACUGCAGCAUUGUUCCUACUUGUUACAAUGUAUCGAAUUGCACUGGCAAUGGAAUCUGUGUGGAUUUCGAUGUGUGCAAAUGUAAUACAGGAUGGACUGGAGGCAACUGCACCCAGUACUCGUGUGAACAAUUGGAUUAUUGCUCAGAGCACGGUAGCUGCGUGGCUUUUGACAAAUGCGCCUGUGAUUAUGGCUGGACCGGGGUAAGCUGCGCCCUUCCUGAUUGUGAAGCUGUCAAUCAAUGUUCCAAAAAAGGAGAGUGCAUUUCCAGCGACAAGUGUCGCUGUCUUCCGGGUUUUAUUGGAGCGGAUUGCGGUCAGUUGGCGGACUGUAGCCAUCUCGCAAACUGCAGUGGCCAAGGCGUUUGCGUUUCUACCGAGAUGCUGAAUGUGUCUUGCAGUUGUUAUCUUGGUUUUACUGGAGAUAACUGCAGUCAGCCCACUUGCACAACCGUAAAUAAUUGUUCUGCCCAUGGUGCGUGCGUAGAAGCCGAGUUCUGCAAAUGUGACUUGGGAUACAUUGGAACUGACUGCAGUAACUUUUCUUGUGAGGCUGUCAACUAUUGCUCCGGAAAUGGAAAAUGUGUCGACUUCGACGUCUGCCUCUGCAAUUCCUCCUGGUCGGGUCGAGCAUGCAGCGUUCCUGAUUGCAGUGCCGUAAAAAAUUGUUCUGGUCAAGGAGAUUGUAUCCUACCCAACAUUUGUUCUUGUUAUCCAGCUUUUGAUGGUGCAUACUGCGAUCAGAAGGCAAAACCAAACAUUAAUCCACCAAAAUUUAUUCAAACAUUUUACAACGCGGCCAUUGUGGAAAAUUCUCCUGUAGGAACAGUUAUUUUACAAGUAAAAGCCAAUGAUACAGAUUCAGGAAGAAAUGGUCAGAUAUUUUAUGCAAUAAUUGGUGACGAUAGAGUAGAAAGUAUUCUUACCAUUGGGGGACAAUCUGGAAAGAUUUACAGUGCAAAGACACUGGAUUUUGAGACGACUGAGAUGAAAUCAUUCAACGUGACCAUGGUUGCUGCAGAUAACGGAUAUCCACAGAAAUCUGGAAUGGCUACUGUUCAGAUAACAAUUGUGGAUGAAAAUGACAAUUGUCCAACCUUCAUCGAGCCACCAGGAGAUCUAAAACUAGAAUUCCCUACACUCAUUCCCGGAGAAACCGUAACCAAAGUUUCUGCAGUUGACUUGGACAGUGGAGUAAACAGUGACAUAACUUAUAGCCUAUCCAAAAAUGACGCGUUCUCUAUUGAUCCUAGAACUGGUGUGGUUACCGUGGUGUCCAACUUGAUGGAGAAAGUUCAUCAUCUCACUGUUAGUGCCAGUGACAACGGGGACGUUUCAUGCAUAACAGACACCAGUUUGACAGUUGAAAUCGGCAUCUCUCCGACGACGAAGCCCCGGACUAGAUCUACCACUCCCUUCACAAACAGGAAAUCUGAAACCUCUAGUACAUCUACUUUGCCUGAGACUACGACUUUCACAGGAGCGACUACUUCGCACGUACCAACGGAGGCAGGUGCGGUUCCUCAGGAAGGUCCGAAUUAUGUAAUAAUUGGUGGGUCCGCAGGUGGAGGAUUACUGCUUCUUUUGAUUGCAGUAUUGGUGAUCAGAAAAUGUCUUUGCAAAGCCAAGACAUCUUCAGAAAGACACACUACGGGGAGACUGAAUGCUGGUAUGGAUUUUGAGAUGUCUAAGAGGAAUUGAGAACAAGCUAUAUCUUAUAAUAGGUUUCAAAAUAAAAGUUUGCCUUGGAGAGAAAAAACCUGAGAUAACUUCUUGGGUUACCUGUGAUCGCAGUCCUUCACUUGUAUACUCAGUAGUAAAGCGAAGAUUUUUCACAAGCCCUCUUACGGAGUUAAUAGUAUUAGUAUUAAUAUCAGUCAGUAACAAGCAGAACAAAAGCAUUCCGACGUUUGUGUCAUUAAGAGAUUACACCUCUCACUUAAACCUAGUAUAUCGUUGUUAUGUAAAGAUCAUCAGUAAUGCUGGAAGUAGAAUUAGUAGCGGCAAUGAAAGAAGCAAUAUACUGCAGGAGUGGUGUUAACAGAGGCAGUAGCAGUAACAGUAGCAGAAGGCCAUUAACUAACCUACCUAUACAUCUAUAUCUCAGUUACAGAUGAUAACUUGUUUUUAAACUUAAAAAAGAUAGGAUAGAAAACGGCGUAUAAGCGAUUAAAAACAUAAUAAUUUUAGGAACGAAGAAUUGACACAGCACAAGUUUAAUUUUCUAUAUGAUUUUGAGUGUGAGAUAAGUUUGAAUAAAAGCAUGAAUGGAUGUUAAUUUUGUUGUGCAGUGUGAGAAGCGGCUUCAUAUAUAGCUAUAUCGAUAGCUUUCAUAGGCGAUAAGAAUUCAUUUUUUUCCCAGAA